AUGGGUGCGCCCGUGGCGCAGCGUGCCCCUUCUGUGGGACAUUCGCGGCAGCCUCAGCCGUGGGCCAGCAACGAUCAGGUCUGCGUGGCACGGCCACUCGACACGUUCGACAGCCUCGUCGUUGUGACCGAGGACGCCUGCGGCACGCCACACCGCCGCUGCCCGACGGUGCCAUGCCAAAGGAAGGAAGGGCGCAAGCGCCGCAGCGCUGCAGAGUGGGCACCGCUGCUGCGCUUUCACGGGUGCUGCGCUGCUAUUGGAGGCGCUCCAGACAGGGCCUUGCCUUCGCGGAUGGAUGGAGCUCGACAGCGGAAAGGAUAA